AUUGCCUCGUUCAGCUCACGCCUUGAACAGCAUCUCUGUUCUAAUACUGUUAGAUUAAUCCUCCGCUAUCUCUCUCUCUCCCCUCCCUUUCUUCUCUCUUAGCUUCAUCACAGACAGACACUGAAUCAAUUAAGAGCAGAGGAGGAAGAAGACGAGCAGUAAGAUUAAUUUUUCUACUACUGUUAGAUCAAUACUCCCCCUCUCUUCUCCCUUAGAUUCAUCAUAUACAGAUACUGAUUAAUCAAGAGAAAAAGAGCGAGAAUUUUUUCUGGAAACUACUCUUAGAUUAAUAUUCAACCGAUGACAUCAGGCAGAUACUGAAUCAAUUAAGAGCAGAGCGAGAUUAAUUAAUUGUUGUCGGAAGCAUGCAUACAAGGAACCACUGGGGAGGAUCGUUCGAGAUAAGCAACGACAUUAAUGGAGGAGGAUCUGGAGGAUUGUACAAUUCGGCGUCGACGGAGCAGUAUGAGGCGACUGCGAUGGAGUGGGAAGACAAAGGAGCGGCGUCGCGGAGGCACCAUGUUCAUCAUCAGGAACUGGAUGAGAUGCAGCAGAGUUGGCUGUUAGGGCCGGAGGAUCCGAAGAAGAAGAAGAAGGAGUAUGUGGAUUUAGGAUGCAUCGUGUGCAAAAGGAAGCUUUUGAAAUGGAGCGUUGCUUCGAUUCUGAUCGCCUUCAUUGUAAUCGGUCUUCCGAUCAUCAUCGCUAAGUCGUUGCCCGAACACAAGGCGAAACCUGCACCGCCCGAUAAUUACACUCUUGCCCUCAACAAGGCGCUUCUCUUCUUCGACGCUCAAAAAUCUGGGAGAUUACCAAAGGGCCAUAAAAUACCAUGGAGGAGGAGUUCAGGGCUGGAUGACGGGAGCGACGUUCCAGAGUUGAAAGGAGGACUAGUGGGAGGAUACUAUGAUGCUGGGGACAACAUCAAGUUCCACUUUCCGAUGGCUUUCACAAUGACGAUGCUGAGUUGGAGUGUGAUUGAGUAUCACCACAAAUACGAAGCCAUUAAUGAAUACUCUCAUACACGUGAUCUCGUCAAGUGGGGUGUCGAUUACCUCCUCUCAACCUUCAAUUCUUCUGCCCCCAGAAUUGACAGGAUCGCUGCCCAGGUUGGUGGAGCCGACGUAAAUGGAACAACACCUGACGAUCACUACUGCUGGCAGAGACCAGAAGACAUGGACUAUCCACGUCCAACCCAAAUGAUAACUGCCGGCCCCGAACUGGCUGGCGAAAUGGCGGCAGCAUUAGCAGCAGCAUCGAUAGUGUUCCAGGACAACACUUCCUACUCUCAAACCCUCGUCAAGAACGCUGAGAAACUCUACGUCUUUGCCCGAGACAACGGCAAGAGAUCCUCGUACAGUCGUGGGAAUCCCAAAAUAGAACAAUUUUACAACUCUUCAGGCUACUUUGACGAGUACAUGUGGAGUGGUGCAUGGAUGUUCUAUGCCACUGGAAAUUCUUCGUAUCUUACUUUGGCAACACAUCCUUCGGUGGCCAAGAAUUCAAAGGCACUGUAUAUGAUUCGAGAUUUGAUUGUUCCGAGCUGGGACAACAAGUUACCUGCAGCCAUGUUGUUGUUGACGAGGCUAAGGAUGUUUCUGAAUCCUGGGUAUCCUUACGAGCAAAUGUUGGGCAUGUACCACAAUAUCACUGGUCUUACCAUGUGCUCUUAUCUUCAUCAGUUCAACAUCUUCAACUUUACUAAAGGAGGAUUAAUCCAGUUGAACCAUGGACAACCACAAUCUCUUCAAUAUGCUGCAAAUGCUGCUUUCUUGGCUUCAUUAUUUGCAGAUUACAAUGAAGCCGCUAGAGUGCCUGGAUGGAACUGUGGCUCUGCUUUCUUUCCAAACAGAGUUCUGAAGGAUUAUGCUGCCUCUCAGAUUGAUUACAUCCUGGGAAAAAAUCCCAUAAAGAUGAGCUACGUGGUGGGGUUCGGACAGAAAUUCCCAAAACAUGUGCAUCACAGAGGAGCAUCCAUACCAAACGACCAUAAGCGUUAUUCAUGCUCAGGGGGAUGGAAGUGGCGUGACACUUCACACGCCAAUCCAAACACCAUCACCGGAGCCAUGGUCGGAGGACCUGAUAAGUUUGACCGAUUUCGCGAUGUGAGGAAGAAUUAUAGCUACACUGAACCCACUCUUGCCGGAAACGCUGGCCUUGUGGCUGCUUUGGCUUCCCUAACAGUCACCAACGCAAGUGAUAACGGUGUUGACAAGAACACCAUGUUCUCCGGUGUUCCACCGCUUGGACCACCAAGUCCGCCCCCGCCGGCACCAUGGAGACCUUGAGAUUGAAACUCAAAUUGAGCGUUCAAAAUUGUUUUUGGUUUUACGAUUACUUUGGGCAUGAGACAAUGUGUUCUUUUCUACUCAAUCUUUUCAUAUUCAUAUCUAUGAUUGAGUUAUGAGUGUAUCAUAUAUAUACCAGGGUAAUAAAAUUAUUGUUUUUCCUUCCGCUUGUAUAAUU